AUGUACUUCCCCGUCCUUGCUGGCCGCGAUAUCAAGACCGAAGUCGUACUCGUCACCCAGACGGUCUACACCACCAUGAUAAUCGCUCCAACCCCCACCAUCGUUGCCUCACAAGCGCCCACCCUGAGCAUCCUCACCAUCGGGAAUCCAACCACGAUUGUGCCCGCUCCUUCACCUCCAGCCGCUGCACCAGCAAAGCCGUCUCCACCGCCCCCAAACCCCUAUACCCCGCUGGUUCCCGCCCCCAACAAUGCCGGCAUCAUCAACUCGUGUGAUUAUGACGUCUGGGUCUCUUCCAUCGGCGGCCACGAGAGCUGCGGACCCGGCAACACCAACUACCUCGUCCGCGCAAAGACUACAUAUACCGAGGCCAUCCGCGUAUGCACUAACGCCGGAGUCUCACUCAAGGUAGCAAAGACGGUAGCUGGUCUCGCAAAACCGAUGCAAUUCGAGUAUACCGUCGGGGCAGACAAGAAAUCCGUGUCAUACGAUAUUUCCUAUCUGGACUGCAUGGUCAAGAACGGCACGGAGUUCAAAGACUUUGCGGGGUGUGUGGGACAGGAGAAGGGUAUUCAGGCUGCCGGCGGAAUAAAAUGCAAAGGGUUCCAUUGUGUGCCUGGGGUUGAGUGUGCGCAGUUGGCGUAUACGGAGCCGGGGUUUGGGGGGAAGAAUAAUGCGCCUGUUGGCACUUGUGGAGUUGAGGGGGGCGUGGUAUUUGAGAUUUGUGCCGAGAAUAGGAAAUGA